UUUAUCACAAAUAUGUUUUCCCUUGUUAUUAUUUAUAAGUCCUCAAAUGUAUUCCAAAAUGACACAGUUUUCCAUUUUCUUGACAGGAGCAUCUCAAAUACUGGUGUAACAGUUUUUCCUGACAUUACAUCAAUCAAUUCUCUUGAACCAGAGUUUAUCUUGUAAGCAUUUCUGCUGUUAAAGUCUUAGAGACAACCUUAAUGCAAAUCAUUAAAGUACUUAAAAUUGCAUUGAUACAGAGUAAUUAUUGGCAAUUGAUGGUGUGUAACAGUUCAAAUUAUUCUAGUUUUAACUGUGCUACUCUUGCAGGCAUAUAUAUGACAACCUUUAUCUACAAGAAAUACCUCCUAACACCUUCACCGGAAUGACGAGAGAGUAUGUUACGAUGAACCUGUACAACAACGGCAUAAGAGAGAUACAUGAGCAUGCCUUCAACGGGACAAAGAUCGAUAAGCUGGUAUUGAAGAAUAAUCGAAACCUCAAAGUGAUCCACACGGAUGCUUUCAAAGGAGCCACAGGCCCUGGAGUCUUAGACGUCUCUGCAACAGCUCUCACAAAGUUACCAUCACAAGGACUGGAGUCGGUUCUGGUCUUGCUAGCUCAGUCAGCAUAUGCCUUGAAGAGCCUUCCUCCCCUCCAGGGCCUGUGGAGCCUACGAGAAGCUCACCUCACCUACAACAGCCACUGCUGUGCACUGCUGAGCUGGAACACUCACAGGGACUUUCCAAUUAAUCCUGCACGGAAUAAUGGCUCUACAUCCUGCGAUGAUCCAUCAGCAAGGGUUCAGCAUGUGAUCGGAGGCUCAGCAGACUCAACUCUACUUAUGGACAUGCCGUUUUUCCCAGAAAUUGACCUGCUUGUGGAGGAUGAUGGCUUUGGAGAUGUGAAUUUCCAUUAUCCAGAACUGGACUUCUGUCAGACCCGACCAACAUUAGUUUGCACACCAGAAGAAGAUGCUUUCAAUCCAUGUGAGGACAUCGCAGGCUUCGGUUUCCUCAGAGUGGCUAUUUGGUUCAUCAACAUCCUAGCUAUCGCAGGUAACCUGACGGUGCUGCUGGUUUUCUUUACCAGCCGGAACAAGCUGACGGUGCCUCGCUUCCUCAUGUGCCAGCUGGCCUUUGCUGACCUCUGCAUCGGGGUUUACCUGCUGAUGAUAGCUACAGUAGACUUGCGAACUCGUGGUCGCUACAGUCAACAUGCUAUUGAGUGGCAGACGGGGCCUGGCUGCAGUACUGCAGGCUUUCUGUCUGUGUUUGGUGGGGAGUUGUCAGUCUACACGCUUUCCACCAUCACUCUGGAGCGCUGGCACACCAUCACCAACGCUCUGCAGGUGGAGCGCCAACUGGUUCUUAAGCAGGCAGCAGCUAUAAUGGCAGCUGGCUGGCUUGUCUGUGUAGGGAUGGGGAUGCUGCCCCUGGUUGGCGUGAGCAGCUACACCAAAGUCAGCAUGUGCCUACCCAUGGACAUAGAGACUCCUCUGGCUCAGGCCUUCAUCAUAAUCAUUCUGCUCUUCAACGUGGGUGCCUUCAUUGUCGUGUGUGUUUGUUAUGUGCUGAUCUAUCUGGCUGUGAAGAACCCUGAGUUCCCAGGAAGAGGCGCUGAUACCAGGAUUGCAAAACGCAUGGCUGUGCUCAUCUUCACAGAUUUUCUCUGCAUGGCUCCCAUCUCCUUCUUCGCCAUCUCCGCUGCCUUUAAGGUUCCCCUCAUCACGGUUACCAACUCCAAGAUUCUGCUCGUCCUUUUCUUCCCCAUCAACUCCUGUGCCAAUCCCUUCCUUUAUGCUAUCUUCACCAAGGCUUUCAGAAAGGACACGUAUCAGCUCAUGAGCGCCAUGGGCUGCUGUAAAACCAAGGCCAGUGUUUAUCGCAUGAAGGCCUACUGCUCAGAAAACGCAAUCAAGAGCAACUUUGGAGCCAAUAAAAACGGAUCCCAAACAGGAGAGAGGCUGAAUGCCCUGACACAUCAGAACCGCCAGCUGAAAGAGGAAGGAGAGCUCACCUGAAAAGAGAAAUGUGAAACUCUUACUUUUGCACUAAAGAAACUGAAAAUUGGAUUUCAAAAUAACAAUUCAUCAUCUCUCAUGUUGACAUUGCAAUGUCGGGCUGUACUGUUGAAGAUAUCUGGGGUUUUUAGCAGAGAGUUGAACUGUAUAUUAUUUUUUGAACUCCGUUAACUCCAAUAGAUACAGUGGAGGUUUGGUAACUGGAUGUAUUCACUUGCCUUUGACCCACUGAAAAGCUGUUUAUGACAGAAAAAUCCCAAGCAAAUACCAACAUUCAUGGCACCUGUUUGCCAGUCAAGUGUCAGAGUAAACCCUACAUUGCCAUAACUAAUUAUUUCCACCAAAUGUGUGCCAUGAAAAAAAUAUCUGUGGACUUCAGAUAAAUAGAAAUCUGCAGGUGAAAGCUCCAUAGCAGCUACUUAAUGGAGCUAAAUGGAUUGUUUUGCCAGAAAGAAUCAUGAAUCUGAGCAUCUCAGUGGAUAAACAGAAUGGAGAAAGCUUUAAAUUACCCAAUUGAACAUCUGAAAUUCCAAAUUAGUAAAUAAUAAUAAUAUCUUACACAAUUGUAUCUGUUCUUUUAAACGUAGGAGAAUAAGCAUUUGUAGUUCCAGCACUCUUAGAAGACCAACGACACAUCUGUGAGAUUAACAUCUUUGUUAAUGAAGUUGCCAAAGCUGCUUGUUGUACUUUGUCCUGUUUUUCCUGACGUGAAGUUAGUGGACAUUUUCAGGGAACAGGGUCACCCUGUCAGACAUGUCUAUCCAGAUCACCAUGUGGUAGAAUGCCUGAUGUAGCAUGCUGUCUGGACCUACUUCUUCGAUGACAAAUGGUGGAUUUGUGGACAUUCAAGUGAAGGUCUUGUCUGUAAUUGACAUCGAGCAAGCCAACAGCUCGUUUUUCAUCACUUGUGUCCUUUGAAUAUCACGAGACUUUCAGGUGAACUUUUAUACUUCAAGGAGUGUCUGAACUGGGUCACACUAUCAUUAACCUUUAUAGCCACACCUGGUAGGGUGUGAAUUAACUUAAUGGUGAUGAAUUUGUCACCAGGUGAACAACUUAGAAAACUUUUGGUUCACAGUUAGCUAAUUUCAGAAGAGAUCUUUAAAACUUUUCUUUCUGAUUAACACCAUUUGCAUGCUGCCUGUAUGUCUAAGUGUAUAUUACUGGUUUCCAGCUCAGUUGCCAAAUGUGACCACAUGGUGGAGGAGUUGGACAGAUUACGCUGAGUUUUUUGAUAUAUGCAUUUAUUUUUUAUUUUAUUUAUUUCUUGGAGAUCUUAAAAUAGAAAUGAAAGUAGAUCGAUGAACGUGUAAAUCUGAAUAUGUAUAAAUGUGCAUAGUGGUUAUUACAAGGUGAUAUCUGUAUCUUAUGUUUUUGUUGUUUUCUGAAAAAAAUGAGAGCAUAUGUGGAAAAAAUAACCUUAAAAUAAAUUUAACAAGCGUAUAAAC